AUGGUUGACCUCGAGAAAACGAUUCCCACAGACGACGCCCAGAAAAAGCACACGACAGCCGGCCAGCAGAACGGCUAUGCACGUCCCAAUGCAGACGCAGCACUGAAGCUGCUGAACGAGACGGGCGGCCUGGUGCAGCCGCUGGACGCAGAGCGCCACGCGCGACUGGUGCGCAAGAUUGACCGGCACAUCAUGCCGCUGAUCUGCAUCGUAUACUUUCUGCAGUACAUUGACAAGACAGCGAUCAGCUACGCGAGCGUGACGGGCAUCAAGCAGUCGACGGGCCUGCACGGCGACGACUUCAACUGGGUAGCAUCCAUCUUCUUCUUCGGGCAGCUGGCGUUUGAGUUCCCGACGAUCCGACUGCUGCAGCUCUUCCCGCUGGCCAAGUACGUGUCAGUCAACGUGACGCUCUGGGGGGUAACGCUGGCUUGCCUGGCGGCUUGCACAAACUAUGCCGGCCUGCUGGUCUGCCGCUUCUUCUUGGGCGCGCUGGAGGCGGCCAUCGUGCCAGCCUGGGUGCUCUUCACGACCCAGUGGUACACCAAAGAGGAGCAGGCCUUCCGGGUGGGCAUCUGGUUCAGCGUCUGCGGCGCGGCCCAGAUGUUUGGCGGCUUCUUUGCCUACGGCGUGGCUGUGCACGUGGGCAGCGACCCGGCCGCAAAGCUGCGUGGGUGGCAGGUCAUCUUUCUCGUCCUCGGCCUGCUGACCGCUCUCGUCGGCCUUCUCUUCUGGUUCGUCUUUCCGGACUCGCCCGCCGCAGCCUCGACCGCGCAUCCGACCUCCUCCUCCCUCCGCAGCUUCUUCUCCCGCGACGAGACGGCUCAGCAUCUCGAACGGAUCCGCCACAACGAGCAGGGUAUCGGCUCCCAGACCUUCAAGUGGCCGCAGCUGCGCGAGGCCCUCACCGACAGCAUGACUUGGCUGUACGCCUUCUGGGUCUUUGCUGCCAACAUCCCCAACUCCAUCGCUACCAGCUUCGGAAACAUCCUCGUUACCGGUAUGGGCUACUCCAGCCGCAAGUCGUUGCUCCUCGUCACGCCCCUCGGUGCCUGGGAGAUCGUCUUUCUCGUCGGCCUCACCUACGCCGGCAUGAAGACCCGCCAGCGCAUCUACUUUUGCGUCGCCGGCCAUAUCCCUGCCAUUGCCGGUGCCAUCCUUAUGGCCACGACCGACAAGGUCGCUGCCCUCAUCGGCUACUACAUGUCUGGCGGCAUCCCCAUCGGCUGGACCACCAUCCUCGGCCUCCAGGCCUCCAACGUAGCCGGCUCCACCAAAAAGGUCACCGUUGCCACCAUUGGCACUAUCGCCUAUACAGUCGGCAACAUCAUCUCGCCUCAUACCUUCCAGGCCAAGGAUGCUCCCCGCUACCUACCCGCCAAGAUCGCCAUCUGCAUCCUCUACUUUCUCAUCACCGUCGACCUCUUCGUUAUGCGCUGGGUUCUGGACCGGCGCAACAUGAAGCGUGAUGCCGAGAAGGCUGCUCUAGGCGAUGGCUACAUCAUCGAGCAAAACCACGAGUUCUUUGACCUAACUGACCUGGAGAACAAAGAGUUCAGAUACGAAUUGUAA